AUGAGUGAAUCCGACAACAACAAAUUGACGCCGACUAUUAUUAAAGAUAUGCGGGUACCUACUCCUAGUACAGCUAGUAGAACAUACAAGGAUGCAAUUAAUGCAUUGAAUACGUUACAAUCGAAUUUUGCGUCUAUAGAAGCCAUCAAAAAGUUGGGGCCAGAUGUAAAUAAAAAUGAGAUGUCCCUUAGAGAGGUUUAUGAGUAUACCAGAAGGUUAGGGUACCAACCGAAGGAUUUCAAUCGAAUGAAUCUCAUUCAUGUUACUGGAACCAAGGGCAAGGGUUCUACUUGUGCCUUCACAGAAUCAAUUUUGAACCAGUAUAAAUCGAGUAAUGCAGGGCCAAUCAAUAAAAUUGGAUUAUUCACCUCACCUCAUUUGAAAACUGUCAGAGAAAGAAUUAGAAUCAACGGCAGUCCAAUUAAUGAAUUAAAGUUUACAAAGUAUUUUUUCGAAGUGUGGGACAAGUUGUCUACCACUGAAUCGUCGGUAACUGAAUUUCCAACCUUGCAACCUAGUAAUGUUGUUAAACCUAUGUAUUUCAAAUACUUGACAAUCUUAUCAUUCCAUGUAUUCAUGUCAGAAGGAGUUGAUUCUGCUAUUUAUGAAGUUGGUGUGGGUGGUCAAUAUGAUUCCACAAAUAUAAUUGAUGCACCAACUGUAGUAGGAAUUUCAAGUUUGGGUAUCGAUCAUACAUUUAUGUUGGGUACCACAAUUGACUCGAUCACUUGGAACAAAACUGGUAUAUUCAAGAAAGGCUGUCCUGCAGUAGUAAGUGAUCAAUUAGAGUACCCAGAGUCUUUGGAAGUUAUCAAAAAGAGAGCGACAGAAUUGGGUGUAUCAAGAUUAGAAAUUGUGGACUCCAAUUACUUGCCAUCCAACGUCAAAUUAGGCUUAGCUGGUGAUUUUCAAAGACUGAAUGCUGCAUUGGCCAUUAAGUUGGCAGCUACUCAUUUGCAGAAGUUGGGCGUGCCACCGAGUGAAUUACCUGACUUCGAUAACAGUAAUACCUUGCCCGAUAAGUUUUUAAACGGGUUGUCUGAAACACAAUGGAGCGGCCGUUGUCAAUUGAUUGAAAGAGAAGGCAUCAAUUGGUAUAUUGAUGGUGCCCAUACUCUUGAAUCCAUUAAUGUUGCAUCAAAUUGGUUCAAAUCUACUGUGAAUACUAACCAUCAACCUAAUAAAGGUUUAAAGAUCCUUUUAUUUAAUCAACAGAACCGGGAAAAUGCAAAUGAUUUAUUGAAAAAGUUAUAUGAAAAUAUAAGUUCUACCGAAUUCAAAUUUGAUCAUGUUAUAUUUACGACUAACAUCACAUGGUCCGAUGGUAACUAUAAUAGCGAUUUGGUUUCUUUAAAUAGUUCUAAGGAACAAGUAGAUAAGUUGAUUAUUCAAAAGGAAUUGGCAGAAGUUUGGAGUAAGUUGGAUCAAAAGAAUGGUUAUAACUCUCGGAAGCAUAUCUUUCACGAUAUUGAAACAGGUGUUAACUUUAUCAAGAGUUUAACUAAUGAUUCACCUAUUAUCGAUGUAUUUGUAUGUGGUUCCUUGCAUUUAGUGGGUGGAUUUUUAGUAGUACUUGACAAUGAAAGAGACUAA